AUGGAGGGUUUCAUUCAUGGCUUAAAAAGCAUAGAAAGAAAAAACCACUACAAGGUUUCUGGUACGGCUCCUACUAUCUACGUUACACCACCAAGCGAUACUGAAGAAGAAAGUAUUGAAAGAGCCCGUGCUCAGAGCUUAGAAGCUUCCAGAAGACAUAACAAGAAGGAAGAAAAAUUAAGUACAAGCUUCUUGAAAUUUCGUUACCGUACUGCAACUAAAUUUCUAUCGCCCCAGCGCCAAUCGUCUGAAGGAAAUUCUAAUGAUGAUCAGGAUGCAGUUGAUGGUCUACAAAAAUUUCACUAUAAAGAACCAUUACCAUGGUCGAUGAGAGCUAAAAGGAGGCAUGCACAGCGAAAGAGAACUCGAUCUUUGCCUAUAACCGCACGAGAAAAUGGGAAAAAUUAUGCGUCAUUGAAAAAAGAAGAUGGCGAAAGUUGUCGAUUAAAUAGAAGCUUAGCUUCGAUAAAGACCUCUACCAUUGAGGAAGAUUUAACUAAAGAAGACAUAAUCAAUGGAAAUGGUAUAACAUCGCCAGAGAAGGACGGAAAAACCACUGUUAAAACGUUAUUUAGAAGAUUUAAGAUGAUUGGCAAUAAUAACAAUCUAAAAGCACAGAAACGAGAAGACAGUCCAUCUAUUGAAUCAUUCUUUACCGGAUUAAAUCAAAUCGAUCACGAGCAUGAUAUGGCUAAAUAUUUGGAGCAUGAUUGGACAGAAUUUUUUCUAAAUUCGGAAAGUUCGGAGACAAAUAAAUCAUGUAUUAAUAUUCAAGAAUGGAAACGUAGAACGAGCGUGUGGGAGUUAUUCCAUAGCGAAUGUGUUUAUUUAAUUGACCAUCUACUAAUUUUAAAAGAUAUUUUUCUGAUGCCUUUACGAUUACUGCAAGAAUAUGGCUUUCUUACAGAAAUUGAUGGCUUUAAACUAUUUGGAAAUAUCGAGGAAUUAUGCGCGCUCAGCUCUAAAUUUUGCACCGAUUUGCUUCUCGUAUUCCAAUCUGCUCAAGAAGACAACUUGUGUAGUACCGCUGCAGUUGUCGACACCUUUACAGAUAAAGCAAUCAAUUAUUUUAAAUCGAUAAAGGAUUCUGACGUCUUUCAAGAAUACCUAAAGCAUUGUCAACAAAACACUUCAUGCCGUAAAUUGAAACUGACAGAUUUACUUAUUGCACCAAUUCAGAGGUUAACCAAAUAUCCGUUGAUUCUAAAGGAAAUUAUUCACUACAGUCAAGAAGACGACAAUGGUUGCAAAGCUCUAUCAUCAGCUAUAACUGCAGUCCAGGUUUCAUUAGUGGAAUUAGAGGAGAAAGUUCAAAAAAACCUACGAAUAGAAUUAAUGGAAGAGUUAGAAAAUCAAAUUUUUUGGCCUAAGUGGGAAGAAUUUACUCCAAAGGCAUUCAUUCCAGAGAUAGUUCCCGCUCUUAUGAAAGCCACUUAUUUCUUUUCGAGCAUUUGA